GAUACCCCUGUAGCCUUGAGUCUUGACCUCAACUUUAUUUGCCCCGGUCCCUCUAGCAACCCCUUCUUCCUUUAUUGUAUAUCUUCAUUUCCCUUUUAGCGACCCCCCUUUGUAUCCGAUCGCGUGCUUACUAGCUACAUCCAGUUCUGCAGUCGGUACACGACAACGCCACGAUGGAGUCUUCGCCCUCCGCAAUGCUGAAGCUACUGCUUCCCAAAACACCAUUCAUAUUCAAGACUGCGCUGGCACAUACUCUGAGAUUUUCGGAAACAUCUUCAAAAUGGGACUUGCGCACUGAGUUGACCAUCAAAGUCCUUCGUGACAUGCUCGGCCCCAGCAACAGAAUGACCCCCAUCACCAAGUUGCAACACCUGACCACCAAGGACACCGGCGUCAAAGGCACGGUGUGGGUGUCGAAAGUCCAGCUCAAGACUCCAGAGGAAGACGACGUUCGACAGCUGCUCUUCAAAGCCAUCCAGGACAUGGGCGACGGCACCGAAAAAUGGACCAAGUGCGAUAUGCACAAUGUAGAAGGCGAAUGGACCGGUGGCCGCGCUGGAGUCUCGGACACUGAGCCUGAGCCCACAGGUAUGAGUGAGCGAGACAAGUACGGAAAGUUGAUGGGCGAAGUGAAGAGCAAGGUCACGCUCCUGUAUUUCCAUGGCGGCGCAAUGUACCUUCUAGACCCGGCAACCUACCGACACGUCACAGGAAAGCUGGCGCGCUUGACAGGCGGUCGAGUUUUCAGCGUGAGAUAUCGCCUGGCGCCGCAGAACGCAUUCCCUGCUGCAAUCCUCGACGCAUUCAUGGCCUACCUGUCUCUCCUCGCUCCACCGCCCGACGCGCCCCACGAGCCCGUACCCGCUGCGGAGAUAGUCUUCGGAGGCGACUCAGCAGGCGGCUUGCUCUGUACCUCGCUCCUCCAGCUGCUCCUGCAGAUCCAUCGCUCCCACAGCGGAACCGGUCUUCCCACCGUCCGUUGGUACGGGAAAGAUGUCGAGAUUCCGCUCCCAGCGGGCCUCGCCCUUAGCUCUCCCUGGCUCGACAUAACACGCUCACUUCCCUCCGUCGAAGGACUGGCAAAGUACGACUACCUGCCGCCCCCUUCGCACACUCAGGGUAUGAACUACCCACCAGACGCGGCCUGGCCUGCAGACCCCCCGCGCGCGGAUCUGUACUGCGAGGGCGAGGCGCUCAAGCAUCCGCUCGUAUCGCCCGUUGCAGCGAAGGACUGGUCCAACUCACCCCCGACGUUUUUCGGGCUGGGAGAGGAAAUGCUGCGUGACGAGGACGCUGUCCUGGCGAAGAGAAUGCACCAGCAGGGUGCCGUUGUAAGGUGGCGCGAAUUCGAAGCCAUGCCGCAUUGUUUUGCCAUGAUGUUGGACUCGCUUCCCGCAUCGAAGACGUUCUUCGAAGAGUAUGCCAAGUUCUGCAGUGAGGUUGUGGACGGCAAGGCUGCGUCAAGCGACGGCGAGAAGCUGCUGGCCAAGUCUCUCAAGAGGGAAGCUGUUGCGUUGGACAAUGUGACACAGCUGACUGAUGAGGAGAUUGCGAAGCAUAUGCAGGAAGGACAGGGGCUACGGAAGUGGUAUGUUUGCAUGGCGCGUGACCAUAUCAUUGGAAUCGCCAAUCCUGUCUACACUCGUCACGCUGAAGCACUUGGCUAA